UUUUAGCUCAGAACGAACCCGCAGGACUCAGAGUGGACUCCAUCUCUCUCUCUCGCAUGAGCAGGGUUUAGUUGUGAUCCAAAGCUGUCAAGAUGAACUUGCGGAUUCCUCCCUGGUGUAUUGGAUUAUUUCUAGUCCUGAGCUCCUCGGCAGGUUUCCAGCUGGACGCUCGAGGGUCUCAGGGCGUCCAGGACCUGACCGAGCUGAUCGGCGUCCCCCUCCCGCCGUCCGUCUCCUUCGUGACGGGCUUCCAGGGGUACCCGGCCUACAGCUUCGAAGCGGAUGCCAACGUGGGCCGGCUCACCAAGGCCCACGUGCCGGACCCCUUCUACUACGACUUUGCCAUCACCGUCACGGCCAAGCCCACCACGCGGCGGGGCGGCGUCCUGUUCGCCAUCACCGACGCCUACCAAAAAGUGGUGCAACUGGGCGUGGCGCUGUCUGAGGUGGAGGACGGUUCCCAGAGGGUGGUCUUCUACUACGCUGACCCCGUCACGGGAGGCAAGACCCAGGAGGCGGCUUCCUUCAAGAUGGCCGACCUGACGGGACGAUGGGCCAGGUUCACCUUGACGGUGCAGGGCGCCGAGGUGCGUCUCUUCAUGGACUGCGAGGAGUACCACCGCGUGGCCUUCGCCAGAAGCCCCCAGCCGCUCACCUUCGAGACCAACUCGGGGAUCUUUGUGGGCAACGCGGGGGGCACGGGCCUGCCCCACUUUGUGGGCUCCAUCCAGCAACUGGUGCUCAAGUCCAAUCCCACGGCCCCCGACGACCAGUGCGAGGAGGACCAACCUUAUGCGUCUGGAAGCGGCGAUGAUGUUUACGAGGACAUGGAGGGAAAAGAUGAAGUCAAGAAGGUUGUGGAGGAGAGGGAAUAUAAAGAGGAAGUGCCGCAGCCCACAUCCAGUACCCCGGUCCGAGCUCCCCCCACCGAGGCGCCAUACAGUUUCGAUGACGAUGAAGCUGGAGACGACGUCGAAGAAGCUUCCGGGCAGGAAAUGCAGGCCCCCGCACCUGCGGUGCGACCAGCCCAUUCAGCAACAGCAGCAUCCAAGUCCGACUCUGUGUCAACAGGUCAAAAAGGUGAGAGAGGUGAGCCGGGAGCGCAGGGCCCCCCGGGACCCGCCGGCCAACCGGGGCAAGACUCGGAAUCGGCGGGCGAACCCGCACCCCGAGGUCCGCCGGGACCUCCUGGACCUCAAGGCCCGCCUGGAGCUGCAGGGAAAGACGGACAGCAUGGAACAAAAGGAGAAAAUGGUGCUCCGGGAGCCAAUGGCCUUCCAGGAUUUCCAGGCCUUCAGGGAGAGCCUGGCCCCAAAGGAGAGAAGGGCGACGCUGGCGUCGGACAUCCCGGCCUUCCGGGACCUCCCGGACCUCCGGGCCGCUUCUCCUCCAAGUUCCAGGAGGGCUCGGGCUCGGCUUCGGGCUUCGACGACUUCGACGACGAUCCGGAGAUCAUUCGAGGACCCCCCGGCCCACCGGGACCACGCGGCCCCCCCGGAUCCCCGUCUCAGGAAGUCCUACCUGGACCACCCGGCGUUCCUGGGAGAGAUGGACAAAAGGGAGCAGCUGGACUUCCUGGAAUUGAUGGAAACAAAGGAGAACAAGGACCCGCUGGACAAAAGGGAGACAUGGGGAAACCUGGUGUGAAGGGCCAACCAGGACCUAAGGGAGACCAGGGCCCUCAGGGCUUCCCAGGACUUCCCGGGCCCGAGGGUCCAGAGGGCAGGGUCGGGCCCCAGGGGCCAGCCGGCCUUCCCGGACCGCCCGGCCCCCCUGCCAAAGGCUUCCCGUUGGGCCUCGAGGACCUGGAAGAAUCGGGGCUGCUCAGUGGUCCUGCAGCGGAACGGUUGCGGGGUCUCCCAGGAGUUCCAGGAGUUCAAGGACCAAAGGGUGAAGAAGGCCUCCGAGGUCCUGCUGGAGAGCCAGGUCUCAAGGGGGAGCCCGGCGCUGCGGGUCCACUGGGUUUAGCAGGACCAGAGGGCAAGAAAGGUUCAGAGGGUCCGAAGGGGGAUGCCGGCGCUCUGGGACAAAAGGGCGAGCCAGGACGUGACGGGCUCAGUCUAGCGGGCCCUCCGGGACCUCCCGGACCUCCGGGACCCGCCGUCGACCUCCAGGAUCUCCUCCUCAACGGCACGGACGGCGUCUUCAACCUCUCGGGGAUUUUCGAGGCUCAGGGAUUGGCUGGACAGCAAGGACCCAAGGGAGACGGCGGGGUGCAAGGUGUUGAAGGACCUCCAGGACUUAAGGGCGAGAAAGGCGAGCCGGCAAUGUUCAUCUCUGAGAACGGAUCCACCUACGACCCGUCUACUCUUAAGGGGGCCAAAGGAUACAAGGGUGAUGUUGGUGCAAGUGGACUUCCUGGACCACUCGGACCAAUGGGAAUGCCGGGACCAAAAGGAGAUUUGGGUUUCCCCGGAAGACCCGGUCGUGUCGGUGUGCCGGGACUCAAAGGAGAGAAAGGCGACUCUGUCGGCAAACCUGGACUGCCAGGCCUGCCUGGACGACCCGGCCGCCCUGGAAUGUUCCGAUGCCCCAACGGGGUAAGCGAGCCGCUCCCAAUGCAUCCUAAAGAUGGAUUUUCAUAUACAACCGUGUUCCCCGUCCCCGCCAGACCCUUCUGCAAAAUACCGAUUAAUCCCGACGGAAGCGCCGUGAUGGGUGACAAUCAGGACGGGCGGAAAGGACAAAAGGGAGAACGAGGCCUUCCUGGCAUUCCGGCGCCACCUAACACGUUCAAAGGACGCUUGGGAGUGAAAGGCGAGAUGGGCGUCGACGGAGAAAAAGGAGAAAAGGGCGAGACGGGGUUGCCCGGGCAACCGGGUGCUCCCGGGAAACCAGGGCCAGUGGGACCCAAAGGCGAGUCCGUGCUGGGACCGCAAGGCCCCCGCGGAGAACCGGGCCACCCGGGCGCCCCGGGCUUCGGCAGACCCGGUCCGGCAGGACCCCCCGGACCGCCGGGGGAAGUCGGAGGCUUGUCGUUCGGCUUUGGUAAAAAAGAUGUGAAAAUCCCCGGACCGGCCGGACCCCCCGGGCCCCCCGGACCCCCGGGACCCGCUGGCCCACGCGGACCCUUGGGAGGCUCAGCCGCUGUGAGUACAUUUUCCACGGUGGAGUCGAUGAUGAGGAGGACUGUGAGGGAGGCCGAGGGAAUGCUGGCCUACGUCCUGGCCACGGGAAGUCUCUACCUCAAGGUGGCCGAAGGCUGGAAGGAGAUUCAGCUUGGCAGUCUGCUCCACUUGUCCAGUAACGUCAUCCCACAAGAUGAGCCUGGAGCUGCCCAGCAAAUAACAGGCGGCACGAUCGAGCGAGUGCGCUCCACCAAAGACAGGCUCAACUUGGUGGCGCUGAACCAGCCGCACACGGGCGACAUGACGGGCCUGGACACGGCCGACCGGCUGUGCUACGAGCAGGCCAAGGCCAUGGGCCUGCCCCCCAACUACCGCGCCUUCGUCUCCUCCAACAAGCAGGACCUGGUCCACGUGGUCUACCCCGGCUUCCGAGACACCUUGCCCAUCACCAACCUGAGGGGAGACGUGCUCUUCCGCAACUGGAGGUCCAUCUUCAACGGCGAAGGAGGGCCCCUCAACACCAGGAUACCCAUUUACUCCUUCGAUGGACGCGACGUUUUGGCCGAUCCUUUCUGGCCCGAGAAGAGCAUCUGGCACGGCUCGAGCAGCCGCGGGCUCCGCGUGCCCGACAAGCACUGCGAGACGUGGCGCGCCGACCACGUGUCCGUGGCGGGCCAGUCCUCCGGCCUGACCUCGGGUCUGCUGCUGGGCCAGCAGACGCGGAGCUGCUCCAACGAGUACGCGGUCCUGUGCGUGGAGACCCACAAGAACCCCUGAGACCGCGCCCCGGAUUGCGAACCCCGCCCACAGAGUCCGAGCCGCGGUGCCGAGACGCGGCGGGAAAGUUCCCGUCCGUCCGUGCCGUAACACGUUGUCCCUUUGGCACAUAAAAUGAACCAGUUUUUUUUCUUUGUUUUCAAUUCUGGUAGGGAAUGUGCUAGAUGUUAGUUUGCUGCACCUUUUGCAUUUCCCCCCAUCCAAUCCAAUCCAUUUUCCCCCAAUCCAAAUCCAAAGAUUUGUAUCGAACGAUCCCCAAAUUGUCAGCCAUUCUCCACCCCAAGGGAAGUGAAGGACGGCUUUGAGAGCUGUUUUGUUUACAGGUUGUCACGGAGAUGUUUUAGGCAGCGUUUAACACCUUUCCACUACUUCCGUUGUGUCUUUCCAUCAGACAGCCAGUGACGACCAAAUUUGAUGCACUGUACUUCAUUUAUUUGCAAGAGCUUCAUGAUUAUGAUUUUUUUUUUUUCAAUUGUGGUGUUGGCUUCGCAGCUCUCGUCUCCAAAGGCUAUUUAAUUUAAAUCCAUUAUUUAUACUGUUACAGCACAUAAACAAGAAAUCCGAAGAUGAAAUCUAAGAAUGUAAUUUAUCAUUUGUUGGUGUUUGUUUGUUUGUUUGUUUUUUUUCUACUUUUUGCUGUUGUUUUUGCUACUAUAGUAGAAUGGAGAAGAGUUGAGAUGCUUAUUUGGAGGGUUGCGCUAUAUUUUCAUGCUGGAAUAUUUUUUGAAAAAUAAAUUCCAAGUGUUGGUUGGUCCUUUGUCAAAACGAAUAAAGUUUUCUUCUGUCAUAA